CCGGCUAGCCGUGGACGUGGCCGUGGGUUCGAGUCUUUGGUUCGAGCAUGGGACCGAUAUGGGUCCAUGGUUCGAGUAUUUCGACAGGCCGUGCCGACUCGACGACGACGACGAGUUAAUUUGCUCAGUACCAUACCGUACUUGCUGAUUUUAACUUUAUCGACGACAAGAAUGGCCCAGUUAUUCACGCAAAAGCAGAUUGACGAAUACAAGGAGUGUUUUGCACUCUAUGACAAGACGAGGAAGGGGCAUAUUUUUGCUGAUGAACUUACCAAAGUAAUGAGGUCACUUGGGACUAACCCCUCUGUAGAAGAAAUCAAAGCUUACAGAAAACAAUAUGAAGAGAAUGAUAAAAUCUCAUUUAGUGAUUUCUUAGUGAUCAUGUAUGAACAGCAUAAGAAUGAAAACCCUUUCAAGGAGAUCAUGGAUGCAUUCAGAUUGACCGAUACCCAAAAUAGAGGAUUUAUCAUGGCUUCGGAAUUCCGCAACAUCAUGACUAAGUUCGGAGAGAAAAUAUCUGAUAGGGAAGUUGAUGACAUGAUGAGAGAGUUUGGAAUACAGAAGAAUGGCUUUGUCAAGUACUAUGAUAUCGUGCCUAAACUCCUUGAACCAAUCCCGGAUCAUUAUAAAUGAUGACUGACUUCCUUAAAACUUGAGAGUAACCAUUCCCUCUUCCUCUCUAUUGUUUUGAUACAGAAAAGACAAUGUGAUUGACCCCAGUAUGAAAUGAUUAUAGAAGCCCAAUCAAAUUCAGAAGAAUGGAUUAUACAUAUAGAAAUUCAAUAAUUUAUUUACUAAAAAAAAAAAGAAUCUGCAUACAUACAAUGUAUAAAGCAUAUUUCUUGUAUCUUAUACUAUUUACAAAACCUCUCAUUUGUAUAUUCCAAUGAUACAGUACUGUUGAUGGUUUAUUCAUCUCAAAAUAUUUGAAAGUGCCUGCAAAUUUUAUAAAAUUUCGUUAAUGGUAUUAUGUAUGUAAUUCAAUUGUAACUGAUCAUGAUUUGGGGGAUGUACAAAUUAUGGAAGGGAGAAGAUGUUGGCAGUAAUCAUAUGGAAAUCUAUUUAGAGGAAAAGAACAGGAAGUAAAUCUAGUAAAUCUAAAUGAUUGUAAACCUACUUGCAUUUUAUAUGAAUUACAAUUGUACAUUUUGAUAAAGCUUGAAGUUUGACGAUUACCUGUCACUGAAACAUCAGUAUGAUUUUGACAGAAAUUAGGAAGAAAAAUUGAUAUUGUCAUUUAUGUGACAUGCACAUUGUCUUUUGUAUUACCUUAUAAUUCAGAUUAUUUUUUUGUUGGGGAGGGGGUGCUUGAUCCCCCUGCAUCAGCACUUGAAAAUUUAUUAAUUUUAGCCAGGAGAUAUAAUCAUACAUGUACAUUCACAUAAUUUGCUAUACAGUGCAUUUCACAAAAACGAAACCGAGAUUUAGCAAUGAUGUUUCUGUGUGUGCGCCCUUCUAGGCGACCUAGAUUUGCUGGCUCCUCCAAAAAUGUGGCUUUGAUAGAUAUAUUGCGCUAUACAAAUGCUGUGCAUCAUCAAAAUCAUCAUCAUUAACUUAAUCACAAAUACAAUAGACAAAUGACCUUUCAUUGUAAAGCUUAUAAUCCCCUCCUUCAUCUGGUACAACCAAAAAAAAUUUGAGUGAGUAAAAACAAUUUGAAGGAAGGAUACCAAAAAGUCACUUGGCAGGUGGUAUCUGGUUUUCAAAAAGAAAAUCAAAUUUUUAAAAUGUUCAAUAUCUGUUUUUUUAAAUGUGAUACAUCAAUUGCAGAAAAUUGUCGAGAAAUCUCAAAGUUCUGUUAAUUUAUAAUAAGGCUUCAAUUUCAAUAAUUUCAUAAAAUAAAGCUAGCUUUCAAACUUACUUGACAGUCGACACUACGUUUUGUUGACGAUCAUCCAUGCAUAAAGUAUUUUGUUAACCAUGUGAUAGCUUUGGUGGGAAAGUGGUGAAAACAUGUUUGUUUAAUGAAAUUAUGGCAAUGCAAGCAUUGUUUUGAAGGAACAGAAGUUUGUUAUUUCUUGACCAAAUUGUGAUUGAGGCACCAAAAUAAAGAGCAGACAUUUAAUCUUGGGGGUUUUCUUUUUGAAAUUCAGAUAGCCCCUGCCAAAUAACUUUUUGAUAUCAUUUAUUGAAAUUGUUUUUACUCAAUCAUGUGUGAAUAAAAAAUAUUGUAUACUGUACCAGAUGAAAGAAGAGAUUCUUAAGCUUUACAAUGAUAGGUCAUUUGUCCAUUGUAUAAAUAAAUCAUUGCCAAAUCUUUUUUUUUUGUGGUUCGCACAGUAUAUCAGGUUUAUUUUUAUCAUAUUUUUUUCAUAUCUUGUUGUGCACAAAAUAAUGUUUUGAGCAAAGAAUACCUUUGCGCCUUGCCCUGAGAUGAUGCCAGCUUUAACCCCACUCCAAGAUGAAGGACAAAGAUUUUUAAAAUAUGACAAUCUGUAUCAAACUGGGACAUAUCAUUAUCAUGUGAGUGGUCUUAGGCGCCUGACUAAACAUGGCAUUUAAUCAACAAUGCUCUUUUAUCCUGCAUUCAAAUGAAUGCAAAUGCUUUACGCAUUCUUGAUAACUAAGUGUGCACUUGUUUAAAUAAAGAAGAAAACAAGAAAGAUAUUGUAAUCUUGAUGUAAGAGGCUGAUAAAUUCAUGCAAGAAAAUCAAGAACUGUGAGUAAAUUGUUUUUUCAUAGUUCGAUUUUGUUAAUUUAAGGUAUGAAAUUCAACAUAAUAGUAUCUAGCAUUUACGAGAUGCAGAUUAUCUAGUUGCCUAAACAGUGGCACUAUAUAUUACCCUGGCUAUAGCUCAAGCUGCUAAGGGUGCUUGAUGCAUUCAAGGAAUUAAUCCUUCUCGGUACCUCACCUGGGUUAAGUGCAGCACAAUGGGGGUAAAUUUCUUGCUGAAAAAGUCUGUAUUACCAUAAGAAAUAACAAAAAGAACAUUUUAGAGGUAUUUUAUAAUCCAUCAAAGGCAAAGUUGUUCAUAUGACAUCACACAUCAUUGUUGCAUUGCCAAUAGGAGAAUCUCCAGAGCAUUAGUGAUCGCAAUAUUAAAAUGCUCAUAACUUUCUCAUUAUUGUCUGAUUUUUCUUAAAACUUUCUGUGAUCUUUUUCUUUGGAUUUUCUGUUUCCACACAAGCCCCCCUGUUCCAAAGGUUUUAUUUCCCUUUAAUUAUCAAAUAAUUUAAAAAGUAGUAGCAGACAUUAUUUUUAGUGUUGAUUAAGAUUUAGCUGCUGGUACAUGUCAAAUUUAUACCCUUUGUUUUCACUGCACUCA